CGUGUGGCGAUGGAACGUGCCCGCCAGAGCCAGUCAAAUUUCCUCAGAUUUGGAGAUGUUAUAAUCAUAGGAGAACAACUGAGAGAGGAUCUGAAUAAAGAAAACCCCAACAUUAUUCAAACAAGAAGAUAUCAUUUGAGAAACUACAGCAAAUGUUUUGUUGGCAAAGAAUUGGUACAGUGGCUAAUAGAUACACACAGGGUUCAGGACAGAGAGACUGCAGUAUUACUUAUGAGAAUUCUUCAGGAUCAUUAUGUACUGCAUCAUGUGUGUGAUGAUCAUCAAUUCAAAGAUGAAAAGUUGUUCUACAGAUUCCGAGUUGACGAUGACUCAUUUCCACAGAAUACUGAAGCUGCUCUGUACCUAAGAGCAUACAGUCUGUAUAAGAGAUUACUUGUAACAUGGCCAGAGAUAACCCAGGAGCAUGUGGUCACAGACACAGGACAGGUGUACACAGAUGCUUUCUAUGGGUCCACCUUGGUAGACUGGCUGAUACACCAGAAUGAAGCCUCCACCAGAGAGGAAGCAUUUUUGUUCUGCAGGGACAUGGUGGAGAGUGGGAUACUCAGACACAUCACUGAUGACUACCACUUUAGAGAUGGGCACACUUUAUAUAAAUUCAGAGAUGACUUUGGACAAAGAGGAGUUCUAACUGACUUAUUGAAGAACAAAAGGUCUGCCUCAAGAGAGUCGUUUUCGUCUAUUGGAAGUAGCAGGAGCAACACAUCCCUCACUCAGUAUUUCUACUGCCCUGAAAGAAAUCAUAAGACAUCAGAAGCAUCAUCAAGCUCAAAUGAUAGUGUUUCUUCAGAUGCUGAUGCCACGGAACAACCAAAGUCAGUUCUACUGACUGGAGUCACUGUAGAGGAGUUAGAGGCUCCCAACACACCAUAUGUCAAAAGAUGUAUUAGGGUCUGCAGUGAUUCUGUUGGGUAUGGUUUUGUUAUACGUGGUGAGAGUCCAACAUACGUCCAAACUGUUGAUCCAGCAAGCCCAGCUGCUGCAGCAGGAAUCAAGGUGAGGCAGUUCUUGUACUCCAUAAAUGGCAUCAAUGUACUAAGGAAGAAUCACAGAGAGGUGGCCAAGAUUAUUCUGGGGGCAGAUGGAUUCCUAGAUAUUGAAGUUAUGAUGCACUUCAGGGAAUCCUUACUUUAGUAUCCCUCUGCUGGGAAAAAAUACCCUCCAAUGAAAUGUAUUAUUUAAACAGAAUGCAUGUAAUAUGCCACAAGUGUCAUACCUCUUUAUUUCCAAAUCUCAACAUAUGUGCAGUUGUUUAUGAAAAUACAUGCACAUAUGAAGAAGUGAAAAUGCAAAAGCUGGCUUGCUUGGGAGCUGAAAUGGUAAUGGAAUACGCAUGUUAAAGAUAUUUUGGAAGAUCAUUAGUUGAUGUGAUGAAAAUGGUGCUGUAAUUACAUGUAUACUAUAUAGUACUGUAUUUCCACUGUACGUUGAAUAAUGGAGUUAUUGGUUCAAAUAUUAAUGUUCUCCCCUUUUUAUUGACUGCAUUAUGCAAUAACAGUUGUCAUCAUAUUAAUCUAAAAUGGAUUUACUCAAGGUGCUUGUAAACAGGGUUAUAAAUUAUAUUGGAUAAAGUUGUGCAAUAACAUUUUUCAAAAUGCAUCUGGACUGAUAGGGAGUGUGUGCUAUUAAACCACUUCAGCAUGUGCCCUGACAAUCUUGAUUAAAAAUUCAAAUGUUUUUUUUUUUUUUUAUGAUAAAUGUGUAAAUAGUAAAGCAGCACAGCCAUGCUGUUACUUUUAAGUAAAAAUGAAAAAGAAAAUGAAAACCAUUUAAUUUCAUGAUAUACAUGAACUGGUGCUAUUAAUUAGUGGACAAAAUUAUUGUGCCAAUUAGUCCUUUUAGUUACUGGUGUUUUUUUAUGAUUAAAAAGUUAUAGUGGAAUUGGAUUUCAUUCAUCUACAAUUUACAAUAUUUUUAUAUAUUUUUGUAAACAAAAGUGGAAGUAUCAGAAUUUCAAGCAAA